AUGCAUUUCCUACUCCUCCCCGCCAUCCUCCUCAUCCCUACUGCUCUCGCCCAGCCAGCGAUCCCCUACCCUCUCCCCUGGCAAGAAGUCCCAGCCCCUCCUCCCCAACAACAACAGCCUGUCGAACCCCCCUCCGCAUACGACGUCCUCCUCCCCAUCGUCAACGAAGCGCUCCAGAAGCCAAAAGGAUGGGCCACCAAUGACCCUGCAGCCGAGGGCGAAAUCGACGUGAGUGCCGAGGACCUCGAGUUUUUGACCCCGAAAUCAAACGUCAAGUUCAGCCAGGACGACAACAUCAAGCAAUGGUUCUCCCCGCUCGGCGGCAACUUUAAGAAAUUCAUGGACUCCAUGAAGACCAGGAACGAGGAGGCCCGCGCGGCGCAGAAAGCAGCGGAAGCCGAAGAAGAAGAAGCUCAGAACCACCUGGAAAGGCGUGCAAUCCCAAGCAUGUUCAACAAGGGCAAAAAGACACAGCCCGAACCCGAGCCCACACCAGAGCCGGAGCCGGAGCCAGAGCCGACCCUAGAACAGCAGCAGGCAGAGGAGGAGCUUGACAAUCUCGAGCUCAACGAGGUCAAGAUCACCAACGAGGAGUUUGACCAGCUAUUCAAGGACUACGCGUCGCGGUAUGAGCGGGCCCAGACCUUCCAGGGCCUCCAGGGCCACCUCGACACCAUCCUCCUACCGGGAAACGUGGCCUACAACCCUGAGGACAAGCCGUGGAAGCAGCGGCCCGGGCGCGGGCGGCGGCAGCAGCUGGCGAGACGGAAUGGGGGCGGCGGCGGCGGAUCAUCGGGUACCACCCCCAGCUAUCUGUGGACCCCCGAGUCGGAGAAGAUUGGCGUGAGGCCCGUGAGCUCGAUUAACCCGGAGAUCUUCAAUCGCAUUGCGGCCGAGUAUAGGUUCGGACAGGACCCGACCAGCAUCAACCACGAGGAGAACAUCGGCAAGGGCGCUGCCUUUGCGGGGAAGACACAGUCACAGCAGCAGCAGCAGCAGGGAGGAAAGGGCGCCACCGCCGGCGGAAAGGGAAAGUAG